GUUUAAGUAAAGGUCAGAAAAUUUAGUAGUGCCUCGGUAAAUGGAGCGGUGUCUUCGUCCCUGCGUGUUAAGGCUUGAGGAGGUGGUGAGCUGUCUGCCACCAGCUGACGACUCAAUUAGUUUGGAUGAUAUGGUAGGUGAGCUUUACGCCACCAUAAGUAUUAUAGGCUGGCACGUCUGUUGCUAAUCUGGAGCUGCUACAUAAUAGCAGAUAGAGGAAAAGAGCACUGGUGCGAUGAGUGUAGAAAGUCAGGGCUGGUCAACUCCGACCACUUGUGAACUUGCUAAAGUCAAGAAAGAACAGCUUGAACUACUCACUGAUUGCCGGUCUACUUCUGACACUAAGAUAGAGUUACAACAGAGGCAUCCUCCACCACCAUUGCGACUUAAUAAUGGGUUUUAUUCAGGAGAUUUAAUACAAGACAUUCUUAAAGCAAGUAAAUUUAAUAGUUUUGCUCAUCAUACCCCUGCUGCCAAACAUGAAAAGAUACGUCUUAUGAUUGAAGAUAGUAUAAGUGAAGAGUCAAGAUCUCGUGUGCAAGAAAUUUUUUCUCAAGUUGAGCAAUUAAAAUUAGAAGAAAAAUUGUUGCUAUAUUUAAAACUUCCUAUAUCUUUGACAAAUACAAAUGGUGUAGUAGAUCCAUUAAAACAACCUUUAAAUCCAUUAGGAAAUCGUUAUGAAAUUCAUCAAACCAUUAUGUGGAUUAAAACACAUCUUGAAGAAGAUCCAGAAGUUUCUUUACCAAAGCAAGAAGUUUAUGAUGAAUACAAUAUAUUUUGCUCAAAAAAUUCUAUGAAGCCACUUUCCACGGCUGAUUUUGGAAAAGUAAUGAAGCAAGUAUAUCCUCGUGUUCGACCUCGUAGACUUGGAACACGUGGUAAUUCUCGUUAUUGCUAUGCUGGAAUGCGAAAAAGAAUAAAAUUAGAUCCUCCAAUACUGCCUAUAACAAGUUGUACAGAUAUGAUUGAAGAUAUAGAGUAUAAUGUUACAGAAGAUAUGCUAGGAGCUGCUUCAACAUUGAUUAGAGAAUGGGCUGAAACCUUAUUGGAUGUAAAAUUUCCAACACUUUGCUCCUUAGGAAAAUAUCUUGUUAAUAACCUCUGUGUUGACAGCCGAUCUCUGGCUGCUGUAUGUAUAUUAAGUGCAUCAACAGAACCUCAAUUUGUGACUAAUAAAGUUACAAGUUCUGGAUUACAAGUAAUACCUGUGUCAGUAAAAACAGGUAAACUGAGAGAAGCUCAACUACAAUUACAGCGUAAACUUCAAGAGCGAGAACAUAUACGUGAUCAGAAACACGAACAUCUUAAAAGUAUUUUACAGAGCGAAGACAAAGAAAAAAUAAUUGUUCCAAAUAUUGAAAGUUUUGGAGUAGGUGAAAAAAAAGCAAAAAAAACUAAAAUUAGUCUGAAUAAUUUGGAACAAGGUACAAAUGGAUUAAAUAAAGUUAUUAUGACUACUGUUGUCUCAGCUGGACGACAAAAAAAAAAUUUGAAAAACAAUCGAUCCUGCAGUGUCUCCCUGCAGUCUAACUGUGAUAAUUUAAUAGUACAACCAAUUCAAGAUGAGCAAAAUAGUAACACGUCUAAAUUAAUUAAAAAUGAUAUUGUAAUACUGCCAAAAGAAAAUAAGUUGAAAACUAUCCGAAAGCGUUCAAACUCGAAUGUUGUAACUCAAGUGUCUAAUUCCAGUCCUGAAAAACAGUUCAAACUUUCGGAUGAGAAUAUGAUUUUACGAUCUAGACUUUCCUCAACUUCGAUUCAGCAAUCUACAAAGAUAUCAGUAAUUCUAGCUAAUGACAUGAAAAACGCUAUGAAAAACAACAAAUCAAACAAUUCUGUUGCUGCUGUUACUAAUCAUUCUUUAAAAAAUUGUAAUAAAGAAUCACCUGUGUGUUUUAAUGAUGACUCAAAACUAAAUGGUUAUUUUAAUGGAUCUGAUUUAACAAAUAAAACAAAGACAUUGAAAAGUGGAGCUCAUCCACUGCAAAAGAGUUCAAAUGCUUUCAUCAAAGAUAAAUUUUGUUCUAUUGAUACUGAUGCUUUAUAUGAUUAUUUAAAUGGAGGCAAUAAUUCUCAAGAGCAAGAGGAAGAAUUGCUCCAGUACUUUCAGCAAAGUAAUUCGUCAAGUUCUGACGUGGAACUCAGCAUGGUUAGUGAUACAGAACAGAAUUCAAGGCAAGAUAAAGUUUCUCAAUUACGAAUUAUUUUACAAGAAAAUUUGAAGGAUUCAGUAUUAUCAGGUAACAAAGUUAAGUUACAAAAUAUACCCCUUGAUAAGCAACAAGUUUUACAAAAACACAAUUUAAUUUUACCAACUCUCUUAAACCAUAAUACACUUAAUCCUAGACGGCGAGUUAGUUUUGAGACAAAUAUUAUUAAUAAUAAUCAAAAUAAUAGCAAUGGGAACAAUAGCAAUAAUGUUAACAUCAAUGGCAAUGGUAACCACUAUAUUGGUAGCAACAGCAUAAAUAGUUUUCACAAUAAUACAAUCCCGCAGAGUCCAAAUACUAGACGGAGAAUAUUCAAUUUUACACCAAUUUCACCUGGACCUCAUUCACCAAUUAAUGGUCGUGUUUCAAAAUCAAGCUCAGCAAAUGCAAGUCCUUUCGUUUCUCCUAGAAAUACACCGGUUCCGCGUUCAAAGAGUAAUUUACAAGGAAGCUAUCGGUCUCGAGGUUCACAGAAGAUACUUUCACGCUCAAUGUCUUGUAACGUUGCUUGCUCCAUUAACAGAAACAAUACAUUUAUAGUACCAACCAGUGGAUCCGAAUUGAUUCGGCAAGUUAAUUCGCCUUUAAUAUCUGUUAGUAACAAAGUUUCACAAGCUCCACAGGUGCUACAAUUAGUACAUACAUAUGAGGAUAAACUCCAAAGGUCGGACAGUUUAGCCUGUGAUGCUCCUUUUCUGACUGACCUUGCUCCUCAAGAAGCACAAUUGCUUAUUAAUUAUCCAAGUCAAGAGAAUCUCCAAGAAAUCAAGAAUAUCUAUCAAAAACAUCAGCCAACUGAUCAAGAAAUAUCUGAUUUGCUACAAAAUGAAAAACAGCAGUAUUGUAAGGAACAGGUCUUUUACCGUUCGCAAUCCGUUCCACUGCACAGAAUGGUGAAUCCCGCUAUCCUAUCACCGAUUUCAACUCAAUUAACGUCCAACAUUUUUAGUCAUAGUUUUAAUCCAUCGACAAGCAGUUCCAUAGCUCCGACCCCAGUUCCAAGCGAGUUUAAUGAUUUUAAUUCGAUAGGGCCGUGUAAUGGCUCGAGUUACUUACUUGACGUUAACCCGCUCAUGACAAACAAUCAACAUUUCAUAAUGGAAGAUAAAGAAAUUAUUCCGGAGAAUUUGAGUAAUAUAUUUGAGAUGUUGAAUGGAGAGGAGCCGGAAAUCAUAUCAGAAGAUGCAGUUAAUAAAGAAGAAGAUUCAAAUCCUAUAAUUAUGAGCCCUCUACCGAGCUCGAACCUCAAUAAUAGUAUCCUUCUUGAGGAUUCUAGUGCACUUCUAGAAACCUGGACUAAUGGAACUAAUGUAAACAACGAGACUGCUAUAAUUAAUAAUACUCCAAAGUUACUUCAUUCGCGAUCUUAUCCAAAUACACCGCUACCCCUACCGAAUCACUCUUUUACACUUCAGUAUCCCGAGGAUAGUAACGGCUCGAGAUCUUAUCCUACGACUCCUGUGCACAAUAUGCAACAGGAGAGUUAUAGAGAAAAUAACGAACCGAUGUUAUUUAGCCCUACAUUAAAUACUCUCAGCCUUCAUAAUCAAUCUGCGAAUAUAAAUAGUGCAUCCUCGACAAGUGUUGAGUGCAAUAUGGCUGAUUUCCUAGAACCAGACCUGCCAAAUGAUCAAAAUGAUGAUCUUGGAUCUUUGAGCAACUUUGAAGGAUUGCAGGACGUCGGUACUCUAUCACCUUUGUUUACAGAAGUUGUAGAAUCAAAUCAUUGAAGGUCUGAGGUUUUUAAAGGAUACUCCGAUAGAGGGUCAUUCCUCAUAAUAUAUUAGUGAAUUUUUAAUAUUUGACUUUAAAUCCAAAUAUGUAAUCUAUGAAUCAAAAUUUAUUAAUUAAUUUAUAUUAUUGUUAAAAGUACUUGUUGAUUUGAGAGAUGAG